AUGUUGGGGCAUGUUGAGGACAUGUUGGGGCAUGUUGAGGACAUGUUGGGGCAUGUUGAGGACAUGUUGGGGCAUGUUGAGGACAUGUUGGUGCUAACGUAUCUGGGAGAAAGUUUUCGUGUUGCCUUUACACCUUCAACAAACAGAACUGGAACUCAAACAGAACUGGAACUCAAACAGAACUGGAACUCAAACAGAACUGGGACUCAAACAGAACUGGGACUCAAACAGAACUGGGACUCAAACAGAACUGGAACUCAAACAGAACUGGGACUCAAACAGAACUGGAACUCAAACAGAACUGGAACUCAAACAGAACUGGAACUCAAACAGAACUGGGACUCAAACAGAACUGGAACUCAAACAGAACUGGGACUCAAACAGAACUGGAACUCAAACAGAACUGGGACUCAAACAGAACUGGGACUCAAACAGAACUGGAACUCAAACAGAACUGGAACUCAAACAGAACUGGGACUCAAACAGAACUGGAACUCAAACAGAACUGGAACUCAAACAGAACUGGAACUCAAACAGAACUGGAACUCAAACAGAACUGGAACUCAAACAGAACUGGAACUCAAACAGAACUGGGACUCAAACAGAACUGGGACUCAAACAGAACUGGAACUCAAACAGAACUGGAACUCAAACAGAACUGGGACUCAAACAGAACUGGGACUCAAACAGAACUGGGACUCAAACAGAACUGAAACUCAAACAGAACUGGAACUCAAACAGAACUGGAACUCAAACAGAACUGGGACUCAAACAGAACUGGGACUCAAACAGAACUGGGACUCAAACAGAACUGGGACUCAAACAGAACUGGAACUCAAACAGAACUGGAACUCAAACAGAACUGGGACUCAAACAGAACUGGGACUCAAACAGAACUGGGACUCAAACAGAACUGGGACUCAAACAGAACUGGAACUCAAACAGAACUGGAACUCAAUCAGAACUGGAACUCAAACAGAACUGGGACUCAAACAGAACUGGGACUCAAACAGAACUGGGACUCAAACAGAACUGGAACUCAAACAGAACUGGAACUCAAACAGAACUGGAACUCAAACAGAACUGGGGCUCAAACAGAACUGGGACUCAAACAGAAGUGGGACUCAAACAGUACUGGGACUAAAAAGUACUGGGACUCAAACAGAACUGGGACUCAAACAGAACUGGGACUCAAACGGAAUCUCGAAUUGA